CGGAGAAACUCCCAGAGUAAAUUCAAAACUAAGGAGUGGUGAACCAGACUGUUCGGUCUCGGGCUUUUCACAACAUUUGGGAGCCUGAGAAAGGAACUGAGAGGGCUGGCGGCAAGAUCUGGGGCACAGACCAAUGGCCCAGGUGUGGAGGCACGGCUCUAAGUCAAGGGGCGUGGCCAUCUGAGAUUGAAGGUGCGCGCUAGGGCCAAGAUCCGAGAACACAGGCGCACAGGAUCUUCAGGCCCCAGGUCAACCGACGGGGGCGUGGUCUGACGCCUCCCUGCCCGCCGCGCAAUGUGGCGACCUCUGGUCCUCCUGCUGCUGCUCCCCUCUGCCUUGGUGCCCCCCUCCACUGCAGCCCCGAUCCGCGAUGCUGACGCCCAGGAGAGCUCCUCGGCUUUUCUAGGCCUCCAGAGCCUAAUCCAAGGCUUCACCCGGCUUUUCCUCAAAGAUGACUUGCUGCGGAGCAUGGACAGCUUCUUCUCUGCCCCCUUGGACUUCCGGGGCCUCCCCAGGAAUUACCACCAAGAAGAGAAUCAGGAGCACCGGCUGGGGAACAACACUGUCUCUCGCCACCUCCAGAUCGACAAGGUGACAGACAACAAAACCGGAGAGGUGGUGAUCUCCGAGCAGGUGGUGGCAUCCAUUGAUCCAGGAGAGGGGAGUUUGGAGAGUGACAGGAAGGCGCCCAAGAUAGAGAAGGAGGCCCUGGUGCCUGUCCCGAAAGCCAGCGACACCUUCCGCCCUGAACCGCAUCCCCGAGUCUCCUUCUGGAUCAUGAAGCUGCCGAGGCGGAAAUCCCGCCAGGAUGUUCAGGAUGGCGGCCGCUGGCUCAGCGAGAAGCGACACCGCCUGCAGGCCAUCCGGGAUGGGCUCCGCGAGGGGACCCACGAGGACAGCCUCCAAGAGGGGACCCAGGGCUCCUCCCACUCAAGGCUGCCAGCCCGCAAGACCCACUUCCUCUACAUCCUCAGGCCCUCCCAGCAGCUAUAGGGGGGGAGGGGGCUGGAGAACACCUGCCUGUACCCCCCACCAGACCCCACCCCAAGCACCAUAUGGAAAUAAAGUUCUUACAUCUAGCA